AAGGCCCAAACAUUUCACGGCGUCGUUUUCUUUUAAGAUCCCCGGCUGGCGUUGAUGGAGAUCUCUUUUUCGGCGGUUGAAAACCUUUGAAAAAUUGAAUUAUGGAGAAAUCGACCUCGUCGGCGACUCAACUCACUGAACCUUCUCCUCCUCCUCCUCCUCCUACUGCUACUUCAUCUCUUCCAGCACAGGUUUCUCCGCUUCCUACAUCUGCAGAUCAGAGAUCAGCCGAGUUACCUUCUCCGGCGUUUACUCCCGGGACCACGGCUCAGCCUCCGUCGACGGUUUCCAUGGAUCCGUCGCCGCAGAGGGGAAGAAAGCGAGCGCUGGAGACGAAUCUUCGGAUCGAAAACUCCAACUACUACAAGAUGCGUCUCCUUCUCAAAGAUCUUCGCCCUCACGUUCUCGAGGUUUUACGAACUCCAGACUUCAGGAACUCUAAGGCAGCUUUCGAGAUUCAAGAAAAGAUGAAGCACAUGCUUCAACUGUACCAAGAGAUGAUUGGAGGAUCACCCAAACGUGAGAAAACUGCUAAGACCGAGUCUUUAUCCAACGGAAAGGCCAUUAGUGAAACACCUCAAACUACUACUGCACUGAGAUCAUCUGAGACGAGCUAUGCCCAAACCGAGAAGCUCAACACUCUUAAAUAUGGCGACAAGGUGGUUGGAGGGUCGGCAUUUGGCUGGAACUUCAUUACCGGAGGAGGCACAGACCCUGUUUACUGUGGUAUGUCUAAGGAAGACUACAGAAGCUCUCACCCAAUUCUCCAAGCGGAGGCAGAGGUUGAGCUGCACAAGACAUUAUAACCAUUGUUUUGCUUUCUGCAUCUGUUUGUUAAUGGAGUUUGUAUAAUAUUCUCUUGGUGUCCAUACAUCCCAAGGUCUUAUGUACCAACUGAAAACAAUGGAUUAGCGUCUGCCUUGUUUAAGUUUUA